GGAAGGAGUAGGAAAUCAUGGGUACUGUCAGCCGGCCCCGCGGUAUGCGCCCGAAGUGGCACAAGAAGCGCUUAAAGCGCUUAAAGCUUCGCCGCCGUCGCAUGCGUCAACGCUCGAAAUAAGCUAUCAUGGUAGAAUGAGGGGUCGAUGAGCUGUAAGCAUAAAAGCUACAGCAACUUAUCCUAUUCAUUUUUGAAUAAGGCGUUCCAGUCCAACUGCUCUUGCCGUUUAUCUUUCUUUAUUUUCUUCCAAGAUUUUUAAAUAAUCUAUGAUAUAGUUUCCAUGAACAAGCUUUCAGGGAAUUAGCUUAUGUGACACCUUUGGUCUUUUGUUGUUAACCCACUUUUCCUCAUCCUUUUUGAAAUAUGCUAACCCUUCUCUUACCGAAGAAGGAUUUUUCACACGGGAUACGAGAGUUUCAACUCUUUCUCUCUCCAAAGGAAGCUUUUUGCCUUCUUCUCAAACGGAAUCCCACUAACUCAAAUGCAUCCCCGGUCUUCGGGGCAGGGUUUUUUGCCACGAUAUGGCGGGGGCUGGAUGCAUCAGUUCGGGCACGUGUACGCGCUUCAGCAGGAGCUGCUGAAUCCGGACGCUAACAAUUGGUUUCGCGCUGCGGAGCUGUGGCACACAGCCCGGCACGAGGGCAUUGCAAUGAACGUUAGUCAUUAUCGGAAUGCGUUGCGGCAGUGCGUACGGCCAGGUGCAUGGGAGCAGGCACUCCGAUUCCUUUCGCAAAUGGAACGGGAUAACAUCAGACCAGAUGUCAAUUGCGUUAGUAACAUCCUUGCCACCUGUGUCGAGGGGAAGAGACCUCAGGAAGUGGAGGAAGUAUUCAAGACAUAUUCGCAAGAGAUGAUGCUUGAUAGUGUGUGUUAUUUGGCCCUAAUUCGCUCCAGGGUGGAAAGUGGACGACCUGUUGAAGCCGUGGAAGCUGGGCGUGUGCAAGAGACGCAAGGAGUUCCAUUUCUCCCUCACACAUAUACUCAUCUGCUUGAAGCGGCAAGCGAAGCUACCAAUGCACAGUACGCCUUUGAGUUAGUACGGCGUAUGCAUAGUGAGCAGUGGCUUCCAACACCCCAUGUACGACAGCUUGUACUAAAGCUGGCAAAGAGCCACGGAAUGGAGCAGGAAUUUGAAGCCCAGUUUGAACCGAAUCGCACAAAUGAGGGGGACUCGGAGGGAGGGUUGCUCACGUAGCAAAAACAAGCGAUUUUACAGGAAUUUCAUGAUUAUUCCUAUAUCAUGAGGAGUCUAGACUAGUAUUCGUGAUCGGGAAAAGAUCUUGUACUAAAAUACCCUUGAUUCUGAUGAUGCAAUUGUUUGUUUCUCUGCAGUUUCUACUUUUUGGAAUUAUCAUAUUUUGUUACUAAUGAUUUCAGCCAUCGACAUGACAUAGGAGCGGGGCUUCGCAAAAUGUGUGGUGAAAUAAUAUCCCCUUUACGUUCUUACUAGAGAGCGAAUGGGGGUACGACUAU